AUGAAUCGAAAUUCGAAAAGAAAAUUAGAUUACGAGAAUGGAAAGCGGCUCUCCUACUUGUUAUUUGCCUCACUUCUUGGCUUUAUGUCAUUCAUGAAACCACAAGAUUUUAAUUUCUUUUUUAAAGUAUAUGUCCCGGUACUACAAUCAAGUGGUGUACUCCCGAUUGCGUUAUUCGGAGCAUCGAAUAUUAUCAACAGUGGAAAUUACGAAUGGUCCCACCUUUUGGACGUUUUCUGUAUCAUUCUUUCGGGAAUCACGGUGAUUAUUGGAUGUGUUAUUAUUGUAAAAAUGGGUACAAAAAGUGAAUUUGGAUGUCGUCGUGUGUUGGUUACGACAAUUCUGAACAAUGAGGUUAAACGAAACAUCGUGAAACGGGCCUUAAAGUACAGUUUAUUCUGUAAUACAGAGCUCAGUGAUUCAAGAAACCAAGACAUGGUGGCCCUGAUUCUUUACUUCCGUAGUGUAGAAAAGUGCCAAAAAUUCGUCGAGGGCGUCACAGAUAUCUACACCGAACAGGGACUAUUUGCGCAAAAACUUGAAGAUUCAGAUGGAUUGAAAGGGCUCGAAGUCUUGCAAAACGUGAACCCAGUCCAAUCAUGCUGUUCAUCGAAUUCUUUCAAGAACGGAUAUAUGAAAGGCGAGAAAUUGAUAAUAUCGCGUGUAAUCGAGACUGUUCUUUUGCGUCAAGUUAAUGCUCAGAAACUCGUGGUUCGACUGUUCCGUUGGAAGAUUGAUUGGAACUUAGUCUUUAAUGCUAUGGUCUUGCUAUCCUCAACCGCAUCCCUGUUCUCCACUUAUGUCUCGACGGAUUUCGCAAGCAAAACCCUUCAACAUGGUUAUUUCUUUGGAAUUGCAUACGGAAUUAUUGGUUCGGUUAUGGGGAUUUUCGCAAGACUUUGGAAAGUGCAAUGGAAUCUUCAAUUAAGCAAUUUUCAGAAUUGCAUUGUUAUUGGAUACCACGUGAAUGAGGGUGUUUGCUCUUACACGAAGAAAUUUCUAGAAGACGGUGCACUGGACCCUCAAUAUGGAGUGGUGGCAGACAUUCAUACUGAAGUUCUAUGA